AUGGCGUUCAAUGAUAAUGGUAUAACAAUUGAGGAUGCAUUUAAUAUGCAACCGAACAUUAAUGGCGCUAUUGAUUUCGAUAAAACUGUUGAUGCACUUUCCUGUCUUCAUAUUCGUGCAUCAAAGUCAUUCAUAGAAAAACUUUUCUAUGAAUCAGAUACUGAUGGUAUUGGUCGAAUUAACUUGGACAGCUUUCGUUGUUUGGACGAAGAGAGUAUUGCUCAAUCAAAUAGUGAUCAAGCCAAAGCUCUUCAAAAGAUUCUUGUAAUUGCUGAAACGAAUGGAUCAAUAACUGUAGCCGAAAUUCAUGCCAUCGUAAAACAAAUGACAGGCGAAGAAUGA